AUGGCCUCCGAAGGUAUUACCGAAAUCGACUCUGGUUUAAUUGAAACCAAUUACGACAAUGUCGUCUACAGCUUCGACGACUUGAACUUGAAGCCAAGUAUCGUCAGAGGUAUCUUUGGUUACGGUUACGAAAGUCCAUCCGCUAUUCAACAAAGAGCUAUCUUGCCAAUCACCGAAGGCCGUGAUGUCUUGGCCCAAGCCCAAUCCGGUACCGGUAAGACCGCUACCUUCACCAUCUCUGCUUUACAAAGAAUUGAUGAAACCUCCAACACCACCCAAGCCUUGAUCCUUGCUCCAACCAGAGAAUUGGCUUUGCAAAUCAAGAACGUUAUCACCAGUAUCGGUUUAUACUUGAAGGUGACCGUCCACGCUUCUAUUGGUGGUACUUCCAUGCAAGACGAUAUCGAAGCCUUCAGAUCCGGUGUCCAAGUCGUUGUCGGUACUCCAGGUAGAGUUUUCGACAUGAUCGAAAGAAGAUACUUCAAGACCGAAAACGUCAAGAUGUUCAUCUUGGAUGAAGCCGAUGAAAUGUUGUCUUCUGGUUUCAAGGAACAAAUCUACAACAUUUUCCGUUUAUUGCCAGAAACUACCCAAGUUGUCUUGUUAUCUGCCACCAUGCCUCAAGACGUUUUGGAAGUCACCACCAAGUUCAUGAACAACCCAGUCAGAAUCUUGGUCAAGAAGGACGAAUUGACCUUGGAAGGUAUCAAGCAAUUCUUCAUCAACGUCGAAUUGGAAGAAUACAAGUUCGACUGUUUGUGUGAUUUAUACGACUCCAUCUCUGUUACCCAAGCCGUUAUCUUCUGUAACACCAGAUCCAAGGUCGAAUUCUUGACCACCAAGUUGAAGGCUGAAAACUUUACCGUUUCUGCCAUCCACGCCGACUUGCCACAAGCUGACAGAGACACCAUCAUGAAGGAAUUCAGAUCCGGUUCUUCUAGAAUCUUGAUCUCCACCGAUUUGUUGGCCAGAGGUAUUGAUGUCCAACAAGUUUCCUUGGUUAUCAACUACGAUCUCCCAGCCAACAAAGAAAACUACAUCCACAGAAUUGGUAGAGGUGGUCGUUUCGGUAGAAAGGGUGUUGCCAUCAACUUUGUCACUGACAGAGAUGUUGGUAUGAUGAGAGAAAUUGAGAAGUUCUACUCCACCCAAAUCAAGGAAAUGCCUGCUGACAUUGGUGCUUUGUUCAAUUAA